AAACUCUAUAAAAUCCCAUCACAACCCGAGCUGAAACAGAGUUCAGAUUCCAACCCUUGUUUGUGUGGAAUUCUCUCCACCAUUAGCAAUGGUGAAGUCUCCCAACCGAGACGAGACGGGAGGGGUAAAGAAGGGGCCGUGGACGCCGGAGGAGGACCGGAAGCUGGUGGAGUACGUGGAGAAGCACGGGCGCGGCAGCUGGCAGCGGAUCCCCAAGAUUGCCGGCCUCAACCGCUGCGGCAAGAGCUGCAGGCUGCGGUGGACCAACUACCUGCGCCCUGACAUCAGGAGGGGCAAGUUCACGGAGGAGGAAGAGCAGCUCGUCAUCCACCUGCACUCCAUGCUCGGAAACAAGUGGAGUUCGAUCGCGACGAAGCUGCCCGGGAGGACGGACAACGAGAUCAAGAACUACUGGAACACGCACCUAAGGAAGAAGCUCAUCCGGAUGGGUAUCGAUCCGGUGACGCAUCGGCCGGCGACCAACCUCAAUCUCCUAACCGGCCUCUCCAACCUGCUCUCGGCUGGUGGUCUCGGCGGCACCGCCAGCCACUUGGAUAACGCUCUCAAGCUGCAGGCCGACGUCGCGCACCUGCUCAAGCUGCAGCUGGUGCAGAGCCUGAUCCAGGUCUUAACCAGCAGCUACGGUACUCCAAACAUGGACCUGAUGAACCUCUUCCGGUCGCCUCCUCUCGGGAACUACCAACCGAGCGAUCUCCUGCAGCUGAGCCGCCAGAUCGAGGGCGGUCUCGGAGGCUCGCUCAGCCUGCAGAACUCGAUUCCGAUGAUCCCAAACCUCUCGAUCUUGAGUCACUACCUGAACAAUAUUGGAUUGCAGCCUACACCCGAGUGCAGCUUUCCAUCGGACGCGGCAGCAGUUACAGCAUCAGAUGCUUCAAGAACGGAGGAGCCGAGCGCGGAGAUCAGCAACGUCAGUAGCACCAGUUCCAUUCCGGCGUCGAGCUCGACCCAUCCACUGGUUUCUGCCUCUUCCGAGACCAAGAACAUUGACCUGGUCCAAUCGAGUGAUACCCUGUACACCAACACACUGGCCUCUGAAUCCUUCGAGACCUGCUGGGACAACCUGAUGAAGUUGGAUAACCUCGACAGUCAUUUUGGCUGGAAAGAUAUCAUAGACCAGAUGUCAUGGCCUGAUGCACCCUAGAGACCACAGGAGCUCAUCGAUCACACGAGGAAACCAGCAAUAUGCAUCACCAGCGUACGUCACAGAUAGCAUCUCCUGCAUCAUUUUUUAUGUACAAGCUGCUGCAUAUGUUCAGAUAGAUAAAGAAUAAAAGGGGUUUCUUUUCUCAUUCAGUGUAUGUGAGAUUUGAGAUGCAACAAUUUUUAGUUCUCGAUCAUCAUGACUUCUGUUGGGUGUGUGAUCCGAGGAGCGAGUAGGAUGCAGUAGCUGACAGCCAGAGACGUUUGGUGAGCUGCACGUAACCAAAAGACAGGAAGAUAUAGUUGGGUCGGAGUUGAGGUUGCAUCUUACGUUAAGGAAAUAAGAAGCUGAGAGGGGACGUUGUCAUGCACGCAACAAGCUUUCGAGGUCAUUGGCCGACAGGUUUGACUUUGAUAAAAGGCGACAAGGAGACAGCCAUUCAAGUUUCGGAGUUCCGAGACGUUGGGGUUAAUGUUUUUGGCCUCAAAACAUCCAUCUUCAAAGUUAUGUGGCCUUUUGUCCGUUGACCAAAUGAACAGGUCAUCCAUUUGCUCGGUUACUUUAGCAACAAGCCGUUGACUUUACCAUUAAGUACUCCUACCUAAUCUCUUACCAUGAAAAUGAUUUUGACUCGAGUCAGUAAAUUGCAUCCUAAACAGAAAGUAAUAUACCG